GAGCUUGACAGCGCAAAGUUUACCAAGCUCUGCAAGGAAACCAAGCUCAUCUCCAAGUCACUGACAACAACCGAUGCUGAUCUCAUUUUUACGCGCGUCAAGGCCAAGGGCCAGCGCAAGAUUGGCUUUGCCGAGUUUCGAAGCGCGCUGGAGGAGGUGGCCAAGAAGACGGGGCAGGAUGUGAGCGCCGUCGAAGCCAAGGUGACUCGCGCGGGCGGACCGCAGUCCAGUGGUACGCAGGCCGACAGCGGGGGUGUGCUGGAUCGCAUGACGGACACGAGCCAGUACACUGGGAGCCACAAGGAACGGUUCGACUCGGAGGGGCAUGGCAAGGGCCUGGCCGGGCGUGAUAGCACUGCCAAAGGCACGGGCCACAUUCCCGCC